AUGCGGUCCCUUGCUCGCAUCGCGCGCCCCCGUGGCCGCCUCCCCGCGCCCCUCGUCGCUGUGUUUGCGCCGCGCCCGAGCUCCCUUCCCGCUAGCCCCGCCGUCCGCGACCCGCUGUGCUGCAAGCCGCGCCCCAUGCCCACCGUAGCCUCGCCUCGCCGUUGCCCCGCGCACGGCCUCGCUCCCCCUGCCGACUGCUGCACUUGCUCCGCCGCGACCACGCCCGUCCCUCGCAUCGCCGGCGCGACGCCGCCACCAGCCACCGCUGCUCGCCGGCGCCCCGCCGUCCUCACCCCGCUCGCUACCACCCACUCGCGCUGCCCCUGCCCGUGCUGGCCGCCACCGCAACCCGUCGCCGCGCCCGUGACGCCCCUGGACGCGCGCCCGCCUCCUCGUUGCCGCGCCCCUCCUGGGCUCUCGCCGCUGCUGCUCCGCCGGCGACCGCCCUCGCCAGUGCCGACCCAGGCCGCCGCUGCCCCUUGCUCGUUCGGCCGGGCGUGCUCGCGCCCGUUUCGCCCGCUAAACCGCGCCCGAUUGGCCCCCGUGCCACUACACGUGGGGCCCGCCCCUCCUAAUUGA